AUGUCUAUUCAAUUCCUUAAGUUCCCUUGGUUGGCACAACUCGAAGUUCUAAAGCAACUGGAGCUCCAUGAAAUAUUCUUGUUGAGUUUAUGCUCAGAAAAAAUGAAAAAAGUCGUUCAAUGUCUUAACAUGAAACCAACGAACUUGGUGUAUUUAUUUCUGGACAAUGGAGUUGGAGUAGUCGCGAGAUAUGACAACACUCACAAUCAGAUUGACCAUAACUUUGCCAACGUGGAGUUUGUUCCAGCCAUCCCUAGUGAUGAAAUUAAACCUAUGAAGUGCAUGAAAGAAACUUUUGAAGGAGAGUUCUUCCACUCAUUACACUAUUUUGCACCUGAAGAAAUUACAGUUCUAGAAUCCCUCCAACGUCAUAUGAGAGACUUGUUCCGAUUUGACGUUCGUGUUCAGCUGGAGUUAUAUUCUCUUCAUUACUUGAACAUGUCUCGCAUCAUCAAAGACGUCACAGACACUAGUUUUGAUGUAGAAAAGUUGGAUACAGAGCAACUCGAGAACUAUCUGACUAUUCAUCCAGGUCAGGAUAGUCUUCAUUUGACGGCGAAACUCACUGGACCGCAGUUGAGAAGUGAUUCAAAAUUGUGUUCAAUCAAAGGAAUUAUCUACUUCAAAUUAGACUCUGAAGUUAUGGACUGCUCCGAGUGGAUGGAUAUACAACAGGACGGAGGCGGCAAAUGGGCUUCUAUUACGUGGUCACAGAAACAUAUCUGCUUCAUUGUAUGGGACUAA